AUACAAACUGCACGAGACUGACAGCAGUUCAGACACAAGAGGUGACACAGCAGUUCAGACACUGAGCUUCACGAUUCUCACACUUCAUUAUUCUGAGGUUAAACUACAGCUAAAAUGGAUUAUGAUUACACCGAUUAUAACAUCUCCUUUGAUAGCAUCAACUUCACAGACCCAUGCGGCGGUGUUAAAAACUGUACGCUCUUUGAAAAAACUGACGAUGUGAUCGGCUGGCGUCAUUGGUUUGCACUGAUAUCCUAUUCGAUCGUCUUCUUGUUGGGCGUCCCUGGCAAUGGCUUGGUCGUCUGGGUGACGGCAUUCAAGAUGCCCACUUCAGUUAAUGCCGUGUGGUUCCUGAACCUGGCCUUGACCGACCUGCUGUGCUGUUUAUCCCUGCCGCUGCUCAUGGUGCCCCUGGCUCAAGAUCACCACUGGCCCUUCGGUCCAUUGGCUUGCAAAAUGCUGUACGGUCUACUGUAUAUGGUCAUGUACUGCAGUGUGCUGAUACUAACAGUCAUCAGUCUGGACCGCUGGAUCCUGGUGUCACGGCCCGCUUGGUGCCAGAACAGGAGGCGGCCACGCUUGGCUCGCUGGAUCUGUCUGGGUACCUGGAUGCUCGCACUCGUUGGCAGCAUUCCUCAGUUCAUCCAUAUGGAGGAAAGACUCUCAGGGACAAAGUUAAUGUGUCGUGGCCAUUACGCAAACAUGACGCAUGCCUGGGCCAUGGUUGUGACACGAUUCCUGCUUGGCUUUCUGCUGCCGUUCCUGAUAAUCUCAUACAGCCACUGGUUAGUAUACCAGAGGACACACCAAACGUCAGCUCGGAGGCAAAGCGAGAGAUCAGCCCGGACUGUGCGUGUCAUCUUAGCCAUAGUGAUUACCUUCUUCUUUUGCUGGAUUCCCUUGCAUAUCAUUGACACUAUUGUGCUAAGCUUGCCCCAUUCAAUGGAUGAAACAAGUGUCAAACUUUCCCUGGCUCAGGUAUUAGCGCUCUGCCUGGCCUAUUUUAACAGCUGCCUGAACCCACUGCUCUAUGUCUGCCUGGGCCGUGGUUUUAAAGAGAGCUUUACCAAGACACUCAAGAGCGUCCUCAACUUCGCUUCCGAAGAGCCGACUCGAGGGGUCAGCAUAUCAAUCACCAAGAGCACCACCGACACAAACUACUGAGAGAAGAUGGUUUUAGUGGCUACCAGAAAAACCAUACUCUGCUGCGCAAUGACAAACAUCCAUUGAAUGUGCAACAACGAACUGAACUCGAGAGUGUGACACCGAUUCCAGAGCCCUUUCCAGCAUUUUUGUAGUUUAAUACUGUUGGGUUUUUUCCAUUGACUUGGUUAGUUGUUAUAGAAAAGGGUCUAGUAAAAUCUUCAGAAUUACAGCAUGAAUAUUAAACCUGAAGAUUAUUCAUAAAAAAUAAUAAUCAGAUAUAAAUAUUCUGUAUGUUGCCAUAUACGUUUUAAAAAGACUCACUUGUUGUAUAUUUUUUAUUGUUAUUUUAGAUCUUCUUUUAAAAUUAACAAUUUAGAUAUUAAAAACACCUGCAGGUGUGCAAGUUUUUCCCACACAUGGUGGAUGUUCUCCAACAUUCCAAAGACAAACAGAUUAGGCUAUUUGGCAUUUUAAAAUUGCCUGGAGUGUGUGAGUGUGUGCAUGCUUAUGCCGUGCGAUCGGUUGGCACCCUGUCCUGGUGGUACCUCGCCUAGUGCCCAGACUUCCCCGGGGUAGUUAGUUUCCCAGGGUAGCUCUUCCAAGUCUUUCAGCAUAAAGUAAAUUCUGUAAUGACUGGCAUGAUUUAUUCAGGUAAGUUGCAUUUAAUAGUAGUUACAGUACAGUGUUAAGUUCAGGAAUGUAGGUCUAAGGGCGUAACCUGACCAAGCUUCACGUAGAUGCAGACUAGUUUGAGCUGGAUCUCUUAACUGCUUUAACAGUAGGAAAAAAAAUCCUGCUUAUGUUGAAAUUGCAAAAUGACAGCACGGCACACAGGAAGUUGAGCAAACUCAAAGUGUUAGAGACCAGCAUGGGUACCAGUCACUUCUUCUAACAAAAACCUAAUCUUAAUCAGAGUUCAGUCAAGUGACAUUUAGUGAAAUCUAACAUUUAUAAAAUGUGUUUUUAUUAAUAGGUAAAGUACAUCAUGCUAGAUAUAGUAAUUAUGAAAGUCAUCAUCAUCAUCAUCAUCAAAUACGAUACAGCUUCAUUGCAAGUUCAGGCAGCAAGAACAGUGGUGCCUUAGUGGUUAAAUACAUCAGGUGUUCAAGUCAAACUGGGAUUUGCGAGGAUAUUUCUGGUGAAUGAAGGCAUAACACUGAUUCAUAAAUAGUGAUCCUGGUUGAAGCAGCUGCAGUCAUUCUUAUGAAUAGCGAGUAGAACGCCUCAAAAAUUAUUUUGUUUUUAAAAUUAACAGAUAAAUUGUCAACUACUGUUGACUGUGUGUGGGAACUGUAAACACAAUUAAUCAUUCACCAACACCACUUGUACAUUACUGGAGCUAUAGGCUGGUAGUUAUUGCAGUCCUGACCUCACUCCAAGCCACUUUUACAUGUUUGGGCCAUUAAAGGAGUUCCUGGGAGGCCGGCGUUUCAGAUGCGAAUCAGACAGACAGUCCGAUCAUGGCUCCGGUGAACUGGGAAUACUCUCAGUCGGUAUCCAAGCACUAGUGAACCACUGGAAUAGGUGCAUUAACGUAGCAGGGGAUUAUAUAGAGCUUUUACUCUCAUAACUGUUCUGUUAUUCUGUACAAUCAAAAGUCCCGGUUUGACUUGAACACCCUGUGCACAAAAUAGGCUGCCUGGAAAUUCUUUUCAAUUGUACAUUAAGAUAGAAUUAAAUUAUCAGUUUUUAACCUGCCUUUUCGUGUCUAAUCUUUAACCGCUAAGAAAACAUAUUCCCAGAAAAAGAAAAAAAAAGUUUUUCCUCUGUGCUCGGUGAACGACUUCAGUGCCAUUUCCAUAUUUGAAAGUUUUACGGAUCUGAAACUUGCAAUGUAGGAAAUAUUCGUUUCUUAGCAUGCCUGUCCGUCUGUUUUUCAACUGCAUACUCAUUUAUUUUGCACAAAUGUAUGUUUUUACAAGUAAAACUAUUGAAAUAAAAAAAUACUUUUAUUGA